GGCAUCUCAAACCGCCUGCGAGCGGUGCUUCACCGAACACGUCGAUCGCCGCUUCUCUCUCCUCAAGCAUGUAGUGAGCGGCGGCACCGUCCUCCUGCGCGGACUUUUUGAGUUUGGUUCUUUUCUUUAGGUCCCACGUUUUUGGUGAGAGAGAUAUAUAUCUUUUUUUUUUCUUCCCUUCCGGCAUUCUGUGCGCGAACUGUUCCAAAUCCAAUCUCCUCCCCAGCAGUUCCUCGCUUGCCUUCGGUUCUCCCAAACACCGUGAGAACACGUUAUUUAUUACCCGCUUCCCGCGCGAGUUCUUGUUGCGAGUUGCUCGCACUCUCAUCGUGUCGAGACAAGAACGAGCCAAGAAAGUCUGCUUACAGCGCGGGGCACCCACCGUCGUCGGAGACCACCACUCGCAAUCUCGUCAGAAGGUUUCGGGAUCCCCAUCCCCAGUGGACAAGCGGCCGCAUCUCUUGAGUGACGGGGCUUGCGACGCGCCGUGUGUCGUCUUCGCCGCUUCGCUUCUCUACCGCGCGAGUGUUCAUCCAAGCGUCACGCUUUCCCGCGCUACGCUUCCCGUGCCGGGAAUGUCGUCACUCCACGCGGCGCUCCUUCACUUCGCGCCCGCUCGGCGCUGACAACGCACGGACGCACUCGUUAUGCUCUUCGCAGUCGGCGACGGCAGCGACGCUUGGAAGCGUUGAUACGACGUCGCCGCCUCCAGCGACAAACUCCGAAUCGCCGCGAAACCCAGCGAGCGUGCCUCGAGUGUCCGCCACCGCCGGCACGUGUGAGGCGCCCGGCCAACGUCGCUCGUGAAUUCGAGGCGUGCUUUGUUGUUUCUCCUCGGGGGGUGGGAGUGUCUGGUGGUGCAUCGGAAAGGAGAGGGGGGGUCCCUGGCCCCGCGUGCUGUUUGUGUGGAAUGCGCCCUCGCAUCACUGUGUGAGAAGCGGGCGAGCGGCGUCUUAUCACAUUCGCUGUCCGGCGCGCGAUAAGCGAGAUCUUCGUCCCCGAGGUGAAGACAGCUUUCCAGGCCGGAGGAGAAAUGGGCUGCACGGGCACCAAACAGAGCAGCGAGUGCGAUUCGGUCGAGAGGGCCGAGGUCAUGGGCAACGCCGAAAGGGCAAUCAAGGCGGCCCUGCUCAUCCAACGCUGGUAUCGCCGCUACCUGGCCCGUCAGGAGAUUCGCAAGCGCUGCUCGUGGAAUAUAUUCCAGAGCCUCGAAUACGCCGGAGAACAGGAUCAAAUUAAGUUACACAAUUUCUUUCAUGACCUCCUAACCCACCUCUCCAACGUGAAGCCCUCCGUAGCAGCAGCAAUAUCAAACAGCCCGGCGCAGUCUCUCAGGGGUCGGCCGAAAGAAGUGGAGAAGAGCGAGCUGGCGGAGCAGGAGUUGUGGCGCAACACGAACCCCGACGAAGUGGUCAUCGAGGAGGCGUACAGGGGUCCACACCUGCGGCUCCCGCUCACGACGAACCAGGUGGACGCGCUCAUACAGGGCUUCAAGGACCGCAGGACGCUGCACGCCCGGUACGUGCUGCUGGUGCUGCACGAGGCGCGACGCUACCUGCAGACCAAGCCGAACGUGAGCGCCGCCUCGACAGCCUUCGCCAAGCAGAUCACCGUGGUGGGCGACCUGCACGGAAAGCUCGACGACCUGCUCACCGUCUUCUACAAGAACGGCCUACCCUCGAGGGAUAACCCGUACGUGUUCAAUGGGGACUUCGUUGACCGUGGCAUGCACUCGGUCGAAGUGCUCAUGCUGCUGCUUGUCUGCAUGCUCGUCUGGAGGGACGCCGUCUUCCUCAACCGGGGAAACCACGAAGACUUCAACGUCAACCUCAGGUAUGGAUUUCUCAAGGAAAUAAUGUUCAAAUACACACGGCAGGCCUCCAAGAUCGUGCAGCUGACCGAAGACCUGUACAGCUGGCUUCCCGUGGCGACGCUCAUCGACAACCGCGUCUUUGUCGUUCACGGGGGUGUCUCCUCCGUCACAGACCUCAAGAUCAUCUCCGCCAUCAACCGGCAUCAAUUCGUGACGGUGCUGCAACCACCGCUUCACCACGGUAGCUACAACGCCAACGAAUGGAGGCAGUUGGUGGACCUGCUCUGGAGCGACCCGCGGCCCCAGCCCGGCUGCCGCCCGAACGAGAUGCGUGGCGGCGGCAGCUUCUUCGGGCCGGACGUGACGCAGGCGUUCCUGCGGAAACACAAGCUCGACUGGAUCAUCCGCUCCCACGAGUGCAAGCCCGACGGCUUCGAGUACACGCACAACGGAAAGGUGCUGACCAUCUUCUCGGCAUCCAACUACUACGACAUUGGCAGCAACCGCGGGGCGUACGUCAAACUGGUAGGCCCCAAGCUGGUUCCGCACACCGUCAUGUACGUCAGCACGGCGCAGACGCGGAAGGCCACCAUCCAGCAGAGGAGCGGCUACAUCGAGCACAGCGCACUCAGGGAGCUCAAGCAGCACAUCUAUGCCUGCCAGACGCCUCUGCGGGCAGAGUUCCACAAGUACGAUCCAGAAGGAAAAGGUCAGGUUAGCCUGUCAGACUGGUGCACGGUGAUGGAGAACGUGGUCGGCCUGCAUGUCACGUGGCGCAUACUGUGCCCCAAGAUCGCUCAGUGUGAUCCGGUCACCGGGGGCGUCCUUUACGAGUCCACCUUCGACGAGUACGCACUCACCAACAAACUCGCUCAGAAUGGCCCGACCUUCCUCGAGUCGCUGUACAGAAACAAAGACAGCUUGGAAACAAUAUUCAGGAUUAUGGACAAGGAUGGGUCCGGGCUGAUCUCCAUGGAGGAGUUCAAGGACGCGUGUGACCUCCUGUCCCAGCAUGCCAACACACCCAUGUCCGAGGAGCAAGUCGAGGAGCUGGCAAAGAGCAUCGACAUAAACAAGGAUGGCUUCAUCGACUUCAACGAGUUCCUCGAGGCCUUCCGCCUGGUGGACAAGAGGCCGCUCACGCCGCCGCCAGCCUCCAAGGAGAGCAACGGUGCACCAUGCAACGGUGUGGCCAACACCGCGCCCGUGGCCACCAUCGACGAAGACGAAGACACCGAAGAAGACGAGGAUGAACAGGAGUCCUACUGCACUAAGCUCUGAGACGACAACAUGCAGUGUGUGGGUUGGGCGAUAGGGGCCGUCUUUUAUAGCCAAGGCCCUCCGGGACUCAAUCGUGAUGAAGGGUGUGCGCUCAUUGUCCAUUCAUCUCAACCGUGGCCGCUGUUGGAACGAACACUUGUUGCUGGGCUGAUCCCACUGCCAGAGCAACAAGUUCUAUCAGUGCAGGCAAAAACGCAUUGCCUGUUUUCGUUGAGAACCUCUUUUGCAACUUUUGCUGUCUCACUCCCGACAAUGCAGACAGUCUCUUGUUAUGGGGAAUGUGGGGAACGAUGCUCUAAUGCUGGAAAGAGCUGGUGCCACAGCCAAGACAAAGGCUGGGAAGUUGCAACAUGCACGGUGAAACUGCCAGGUGCUAAAUUGAGCUUAGGAUUGUUGCAACAUCACUUGUGCGAAAAAAGGGUGGGCAAAUUAAUUCCAUUUCGUUUGGAAGGAGAGGAGAGGGGGACGUAGAUCUUUACAAAUCGUAUGUGUAAAAGCAGGACUUGGCAUUCCAUAGUAGUUUUGUCAUUUAUAAAAGCACAGAAAAACGAAAUAUUACAUGGAAUCCUGCAGGAUUUGUGAAAUAAAAUACUGAGCUAGCUUCAAACACAAAUUAUAGCACUGCUCUUCAGCCAAUGAGCCUACAGGGUGGUCUUAGGUCCAACAAACCUAGUAAAGCAGGUCACAGCAUGAAUGGAAUGCAUAAGACAAGUGGUAACAUACAUACAGAUGGACAAGCAGGCAUGUCCAGCUAUGCAAUAGAAGGAAUCCGCUGCUAUUUCACUGGAUGCGCUAUGCCAUUUUGACAUUCAUUCACGCAGGAUAGUACACUAUUUACACCUAUAAGCUCAGACUGCAAAAUGGCUCCUGGCCCACCUGUAAGAGCUGAAGACAAAAGGCUAGCUAUCAUAUAGUUUUAGCGUUGAACGAGGCAGAUCUCACGGACGACUUACUUUUUCGCUAUUUUACCACUUUUUUCAAAGCGGGCACAGCAGCAUCUAGAAAGAAUUGGGAGUCGUCAUCGUCGCCAUUUUGGUUCUUACCUUUGGCCGGAGCUCAAAAGAAAUGAAUAUGCCAGACCUGUGCUGAUGACAAGUGCGUAUUUCAACCUGUGUGAGCAUGUGUGGAAGUCUGACGGCCGUUCUUAGCCAGCAAAGUAUGUUGCUCGCCCAUUUUUCUUUCUGUAUAUAUUUUCAAAACAGCACUUCACGAGCCUUACUGCUAAUUUCUCCCCAGCCUCAGCCAAAGGAACGGGAAGCUCUUGGAGUUUCUUAGUUUUGAUUUCAAGCUUACAUUCCUGCAUUGCCAGAGAAUAGUAGUACCAACAAACCCGUUAGUUCCCCACUAAAUCCUUACAAAAUAUUACAAUGCCAAAGCAGCUGCAAUCUGCAAGUUUGAAUCUGAAGAGCACAUAAAGCCACGUCACGCAGUUAACCUCCGUGGUAUUUAAUGAAGUAGACCAAUGAUGUAAUGACUAGAGCACACCGCAACGCCUCAUAAUGCGAGUAACACCUUCUGUUCAAACACCGCGAAGUGGCAAUUUUGGGGAUGCUACACUACUUCACAUAAUGUGGGAAGAGCUGCAGUAACAAUGUCGUGACGAAAUGUCGAAAAACACUCGCACACCAUAUACUGCUUCAACAGCUUAGUCUGAUAUGUGCACAUCAAUAGAACUGGUAAACUUAGGAGUAUUGCUUCACUAUGUUUCAAUAGCUGGUGCCACUCACCUUGCCAGACAAGGCAAAACCCACCAAUGUACUCUCGUUGCUUAGCUCCAGCCUGGCUUACCCUUUAACCCAUUCACGUGGCUCUUCGCCACCCUCAAAGCAUGAGACAUACCAUUUUCUUACACUUGCUUCCUUUAAUAUGAGACCAGCCAAUAAAUUUCAAAGCCAUUAUGCACGUGACUGAACCUGUCAUCAGGUCACAUGCCAGAACAUCCUAGAAAUUUUGUUGCCCCGAAGAUUGAGAGAGACAGUACUCCAAGUUUUCCUGACCUUAAGAACACCAGUCAUUUUACAGUAUCUCAACAAGUUCUCGUGACUGACCUUCUCACUCUCGAAGUGGCUUUGGAACUUCUGACAGACUGUACAUUGAAUAUGUUUAAGGUGCUUUAUGGGCUCAGCAGCACACCUAGUGGGAUAGGGGCAGUGCUUCAUUGUGGGACUGAAAGCUCCUUGCUGCAUUGAUGAUAGUGCCGAUUGAAACUAAAGAAGCUUUGUGCAAAUAUUGGUGUCAUCUGUAAAGGCCGAACUGCCUCUAAUGAAUGCAUGUCUUAAAUGUGCAUGUAAGGUGAUAAUCUAGGCGGCUUGUAGAAUUUGCUGCAUUAAAUAAGCAUAAAUUAAACGGUUACCUAUUCGGAGAACUCGGGCUUUCCUUUCAUGUAUGUUACUGAACAGCACAAAACAACCAACACAGGCAGCACCUGUGCUGGCUUCCUUACAUGUUUCUUAUCCUCAACAAUCCACAGUUACAGUGAGUACAAGUGCAUCUUUGAUUGCCAGCUGGGAAAAGUCAGCAUCUUUGUUUUUUACUUCAGUUCUUUUGCUGCAUGCAUGGCCCAACAGGUAGCGUGCGGGGGCAAAAUAUUGUAAUAGUUUGACAGCGCCACAAGUUUCGCAUGAUUUUUAUGCAGAAUAUGGCAAGCACGUGCCUACACGCAGGGUCAUGUAAGGGUCGCUUAAGAUUAUCAGUUGCUUCACAGCUCCUGUAACAGACACUCAAGUGCAAAAUGUUAUUUCGCGACAGUGUCCUACAUAAGGCACAGUAUUGGGGCACUUGUACGUAAUAUAGGGAAAUACGUUAAGGUGUUGCCUGUCAGGUCUUUAUGGUAUACAUCUGUUUCUAACCUCAGCACUUUUCACAUUGAGUGUGCUGGCCGAUCCAGCUUCAUGUGUAUUCAUUCAGUUCACAAGAGCUGUCACCACACCUUCGAAAGUUGGUGGAAUCAGUUCAGCGAGACGUUAAAUGGAACAUUUAAGAUCCUGGGAUGUGGAACAAAGCAAGCUUCCACCCAUUUUGAGGGCUAAUGUUAACGCAUUAGGCUUUUCACACUCAUACACGCGCACCGCGAGCAUUGUUAAGAUCGCUAUGUUGCAAUGCCGCUCUGACUCUCACCACAAAUCAGCCAAGUAUGUUUCACCUCACUCCAUUCUCACGCUUGUGCCAUGUAUCUCCUAUAUGUUGCAUCCUACAAGAGAGACUUGUGAAAGUCGUCCUAUUGAUCAUACUGUCCUUUUCACGUGCUUAUACCAACACAAUUCAAAUGCCCGGCAUCAAUUGCCGAAGCACAUGUAACGCUGUUCUUAAAAUUGCGCACUAAUUAUUGUUCACAGGUUGCACACUCCGCACUUAUGUAUAGCUGUGUCCUGCUGCAAUGUGUGUUCUCAAGUGCGCUUGCACGCUGCAUUCUGUCUGGCGGCUGUUUUCUGUGCUUGCUGUGUCCAUGUAUAUGUCUGUAUGUGUGCACGCACGUGUACCAUCCCUGCACUUAUACCAUGUCUUAUGAUUUUACCAGCUGGUUUGAAACGGUGGUCCAGAGACUGAAAUAGAAGGCAUUCGCCUCAGGGUCCAACUUGCUGCCGAGCUCUACUCGAGAUUCCCGUUCGCGCACUGCUCUGCAUUUUCUGUCACUCCAAGGCCGAAAGAAAGCUGGCCGUAAAACCACCGGAUGUUUCCAUGCCAGACCUGAUAAGAAAGGAAUGUUAUGUAAUCAUGGAACAAAGUGAAAGGGCAAGCAACCGCCUUUUACAAACUAUUUGCCUACUUGGGGGACAUUCAAAAGACAUCGUCAG